GUGGUUUUCCCAACUAAAUAAAGAAAGUUUAGAGGUAGUGGCCGUAAACGGAACUAGCCAUUACAAGACUACCACGUGGCCCAAGCACAAUCAUAAGUUAGAUAUUUCAAUCCUGUAAAAACAAAUUAAAUCCAGAAACAUGAAGCAGUUCAAACUCAAUUCAAUCACCAUGUCGAUAGCUUCAUCUCACCAAAGCUUCUUCAUCAACACACUCAUCUCCACCCCUCACAAAUCAACCAAAAUCCACAAAAGAACAUUCAUUAUCUCUUGUAAUUCCCACAAGUCUUCAUCAGAAAACCACAAAGAUUCUUCAAGAGGUAAUGAGAGCAAUCAACUUGCAAAGCUUGCUUUGGUGACAAUGGCAGCUGGAGUCUUGACACUUGGAUCAAUUGAUCCCGCUUUUGCGGCUAAAUCGGGUGGUCGUGUAGGCGGUCAAGCUUUUCGUUCUGCUCCAAGAUCGGCCCCUCGUUCAUCUUCACCACGAAUCAAUAAUUCGAGGACAAAUAUUUACAUAAAUCCACCGGUUGCACCACCGCUAAUUGGUGGAUACGGUUAUGGUUAUGGUGGCUGGGGGUGGUCGCCGUUUUCAUUCUUCGCACCUGGACCAAGCGUGGCUGUUGGAAUCGGGGGUGGGUUUGAUACUUUGGUUUUGUUUAUGCUUCUUGGUGCUGCAGCCGCUGUGGUUAGAAGAGUCUUUGGAUCGAGGAAAGAUUAUGACGAUGAAGAUUACUAAUAAUUGUUGAAAAUCUGAGUUUUCUAUAAAAAUAUAUGAGGAAUGUAAAAUUUGUAGACUUUGUUAUAUGGUUUGUGUGAUACUAGGCAUUGUAUAUAUCGUCAACGGUGCUUACAUAUACCGAUAAGUGUAUUGCUCGGUGGGAUAUGUGGUACAUUUACUAAGCUCAAUACUCAAAUUUUCAACA